AUAGUCAGGCGUUAUGAGUUGAAAUUUCAUUAUCUUAAAUUGUAUAGAAUUAAUAAUUUAAAGAAGAAUAAAAUGAUCGUUUAUUUUAAAAUAAAUUAUAUUUUUGAUUUGCUAACUAUACGUCUUUUGUAUUUUAAUGAAAAAAAUGCAUGGACAAGUGGAAACCAUUCUCUAAAUCUAAUGAUUGAAUCUUUCUCUCUUUUCUUAUGCACUUUAAAAAUUAUAUUUAAAUGAAUUUACCAUUAGUUGUUAAUAUAUUGCUUGACUAGUUUUCAUUCAAAAAUCAUGAACUACCAUUAUAGGGUUUUUUUGUGUGAAAAAUCUACCCAUUAUAGUUGUAAGAUAAAAUUCAUCAUACAUAUACAAUGUACGCCCUUAAACAGGGAAAAAUGAAAAGUGGAAGAGCAGGAUCACAACAUAUUAAUUAAAGUUCAAAAAGACAAAAGAAAAAAAACAUACAGUAUUAGAAUCACAUUAUAUAAUAUAAUAUGUUUGAUUAAUAUAUCAAUCUACGUACAUUGUUAUAUAUAACUGGAUGUAUAAGUUUUACAAAAUUGAAAUUUAUGUUUCGUUAUAAUGCUUUAUAUGAUGUGAUUAUAAUAGUAUGUUUUUAGAUCUUCUUGGCUUUUGAAACUUUAAUUAAUAUGUUGUGAUCCUCCUCUACCACCUUUCAUUUUAUCCUGUUUAAGGGCGUACGUUUUUUCUUUUUUUUUUAGGGGUACGUUACUAAUUGAGAAUCACAAGUAACGAUUUCGUAUGGAGUUUGAUAUUCUAGUGAAGCUAUAUGAGACAAAUCAGCGAUUUCAACCUAGGUCAAGUAAUCGAAGGACAAUGAAUCCUUUUCUUGCAAAACAUGUAUUGCCUCACUCUUUUAGAAGGAAAAAAGCCUUUAAAUUUUCUUUUUCCCCUAAAAAAAGUGGUAGAAUCUAUGCGUAUGCACAAAUCACAUGUUGACCAGUAAGUAAUGAGAGAGUAAAUUGACUUUAACAAAAACGAGAGUUUAAUGUGGUAGAAGAGAGAGAGAAGAAGACGCCAUUGAAUUCUGGAAAAAAGGGAGAAACAGAACUUUUGCAACACAUGUUCACCAUGCACCUUCCACUCGUCCCUUUGCUCUUGGUUCCAAAUCUUUAACCUAACCUAUCUUGUUAAACUAUGGUUGAGUGUUUUUAUUAAUUUAGUGACCUUUAGAUCUCGUUACGUUACUAUCAUCUAUAAUCUUCUUAAGAUUGUGAAAAAUCUACUAUUCGAAAACCCUAGAUUCAUGAAUGUAGGUUAUACAAAUGUCACUUCCUUACCAUAAAUAGUAAAAAAAAUCAAAAAAAAAAAAUUGGGUAAUCCCAAAUCUCUGAUUGCCCAGCGUCCAUAUUAAGGGCUGCUUCGAUCUGCACAACACACAACACAACACAAACACAGACUCUCUCUCUCUCUUCUCUCUUCUCUCUCUCUCUAUCUCUAUCACUGAAACCCAAAGUGAUCGACCAUUUGUUCCUUUUCCCUUCACACAGAGAACUGUUUCCUUCCACACAGUUACAAAUUUUGGUUAGCAAAAAAAUUAAAAUUUGGUUAGUAUCAAUCUGUAAUGGAUCAUAUGCUGUAUAUUUGAUCUGGUACGGUGAACUAUAUGGAUAAGUGAAUACUUGGUAGAUCGAUCAUUUUGAAAGUAUUUACCUUAUCCAUGUCGAUCUUAAGAUCUUACAACUUUUUGUUUGUUUAAUCUAUUUAUCUUUACUAAUAGCUAGGAGCUUACAGUUUGUCUCUAUGAUGGUGUAUAUAUGUUCAUCAUUUCAUUUAAGACCAACCUAAUAUAAAUGAGAUCUUUAAAGGAAAUUAGAUGUUUGAGUCUUGCCCCUAAUGUUGUGAUCAUUAGGUACUGGCCGAACAACAAUAGCAGAAUGUACGUGCUUGAAAACACAGGUGACUUUGUGAACGCUCAUGGUCUGCAGCUAGGUGACUUCAUCAUGGUUUACCAAGAUCUCGACUCAAACAAAUACGUUAUACAAGCAAGAAAGGCAUCUGAAGAAGAAGAAGAAGACGUAACCAUGGUUGAAGAAGACGACGUUUACACAAACUUAACGAAGAUCGAAAACACCGUGGUUAAUGAUCUUCUCAUCCAAGACUUUAAUCACCAAAGCAGCAACAGCAACAACAACAACAAAUCUUCGUACUAUUACCCCGUCAUCGAUGAUAUCACCACAAACACAGCGUCUUUUGUCUACGACACGACGGCUUUGACCUCCAACGAUACUCCACUCGAUUAUUUGGGUGGAAGUACGACGACAACUAAUAAUUAUUACUCCGAUUUCGGAUCAUUCGAGGGUUUGGGCUCCGUUGAGAAUAUCUCUCUCGAUGACUUCUACUAGAGGGAUCAAUUGAUGGGGCUCGUGAUAAUUCUUAAUGGUGAUCAUAUAUUUUAUCUCCUUAUAUGUACAAGGAUUAGAUGCAUUUUCAUAUCUUCAAAAGUGUUUCAAUAUUACAUUAUUAUAGUUUAUAUGAAGAUCAUAUAUAGCUAUAUAAUAUGGGAG